AUGGCGGAUAUUGAUGACGAACUUCUCGCUCUUGCAGGAGAUGAUUCUUCUGGGGAGGAGCAGGUCGCAACAAACGACGGAGGAAGAUUGAAUUCUUCAUCGCCUGAUCGUAAUGGAGCGGUAAAGAGUGCAGCUAGUCAAGGAGGACAGAAGGGAGGCAGACGAAAUGAUGAUUCUGAGGAAGAAGGUGAAGCUUCUUCUGGCGAUGAAUCCAUCCGUUCGGAACGAUCAGCUCCAAUGGACGAAUCUGAUUCCGAUUCCGAUGGCCCAGGUUUCCGCGAUGAUGCUGAUCGAUAUCCUCUUGAAGGCCGGUUUAUGAACACAUCCGAUAAGGCAAACAUCCUUUCUAUGCCUGAAAUUGAGCGUGAGCAGGUCUUAGCUGAUCGGGCUCAAGAAAUCGAGAGGGAUCGACAAAACAGAGCACUUCGUCAACUCUUAAAUGCUCGUGACGCCGAGACUAAGAAGGCAGACAAAAAGCGAAAAUCCGGUGCUGCAGAGUUGGAUGAGAAUCAGCGCAAGACAUCUCGCCAACGUACCAAGCUUGGUGGUGGAAAGGUUGGAGAAGCCAGCACUGGAAUCGACAGUCUUAAACGCGCACGAGCUGAGAAGAAUGAUCGCCAACGUCGCCGUGAAGAAGACAAAGAGCGUCAUAAGGGUGAUAGCCGAAGAGACAAUCGCGAUGAUUACUCGGAUGAUGAUGGUGAUGGAGAUAGCGAGGUUGAAUGGCAGGCAUCAAAGUCAAAAAAGAGGUCGGCAUCUCCAGAUUAUCGCGAUGCAGAGCCAGCAAUUCUUUACGAUGUUGAGCGAGUCCGAGUUGGUAGAAGCAGAUUUGCUAUGGUCUGCUUUUAUCCUGGGUUCGAUGAAGCUAUUACAGGAUGCUUCGUUCGGGUAAAUAUUGGUGUUGACAAGGAGACAAAUCAAAACCUUUACCGCAUGGGGUUUGUCAAAGGCUUUAAAGAAGACAAACCAUACGCUAUGAUAUCUAGUAACGGGAAGCAAUUCUCGACAACACAAUAUGUGAUUGCUUCUCAUGGCAAGUCCGAGAGAUCAUGGCCAUUUAUCGCCUGCUCGGAUUCUCGAUUUACGGAGGCUGAAUGGCAACGAUUUAGGCAAAAUUGUAUCGCGGAUGGCAUACCUGUUCCAACAAAACCAAAGUUGAUGCAAAAGUGUGCAGAGAUCAAUGCUCUCGUCAACCGACCCUGGACUGAAACCGAGCUCCAAGAGAAAUUGAAGAAAUCCAGUGUGUUGACCAAAAGAUGGAAUGAAUCUGAACGCGUGCGUAUUACCAACGCUAUCAAGGACCAAAAGGCACUUGGCAAUACCGAAACGGAAGAGAAAUAUCGUGCAGAACUCGAGGCACUCGAUAGUUCUAAACUAGCUUAUGGCACUACCCUCAAAUCAACACCAAAGAAAAAGGUCCACUCUCAACAAGACCGACUUGCCGAACUGAACCGAACAAACCGUCGCAAAAAUAUCGAGGAAGUACGCCAAGCACAAAUCAACGAACGUCGCGCCGCUCGACAAAACGAAGCAGCAAUUGCCCGUGGAGAAUUAGUCGAUGAGGAUCACUCACGACGUGUCAAAACUCGAGCUACUUUCAAGCAUGAUCAUACUGGAGGCAAGGACAGUGCAACGGCUACUCCGGCUAGUGGUACUUCGACCAACAACACUCCCAAACUGGUGGCGAAGAAUGAUGCGCUACCAAUACCGAACUUUAGUAAGCUUCAGACGACGUCGAAAGGUGGGGUUCCGGGGUUUAGGAGACCUUUGAUGGAUGAUGAUAUCAUUGCUAGUAUCGAUAUUGGUAUUAGUGAUGAUUUGGAACUGUAG